AAUAAAGUACAUCGGGUUGCCCAGCAGGGAAACUUUAUAUGUUCUGUAUGCAGUUGAAAAAAAGUGAAAGUGUUCAUCGGAAACAAACGACUUAUCAAAAGAUUUUGAUUAUGGAAAUGUACAUGGUCAUUGUUUUGUUUGUACUUGGUGCCCUUGUAAUGGAUGGUAACAACGUCAGUGCGUGCUUCUGUCCGAAAACUCAUCCACAGACAGACUUCUGUCAUCUCAGCAGCUUUUCUCUCGUCGGGUACGUAAGCGACGUAGAAAACAGCAAACAUGAGAGAAGGUUCAGGGUAAUAAUUCACCACCUGAUGAAGGCCCCUGAAGAAUUCUUGGGCGAGAAAGAAAUUCAGCUGAUAUCUCACAAAGGACAGUCAUUGUGUGAGGCAGACUUCACUCCAGGAAUCACUUAUCUUAUCACUGGCUAUGUGAACACUGACAAUGAAUACCUUGUGAAUUCCUGUUUGUGGACAGAAGAUUUUACUUCUUUGUCACACAACAAGUUCAGCGGCCUUCUUGGAGACUACGACUGCAGCUGUUAUAUAAAUGAAACAUGGGAACUGUUACCAUCACAAGUCACAUCUCGUGACGUUUGUAACUACGACAAAACGAAUCCAUGUGAGCUUGCAGCAUGCCUGAGAAACGAGGAAGGCACAUGCGAGUGGAUUCUUGACUGUUUCGAUCAAAAGAGAGCCACCCUGGAUGUCCUCGCAUUGAAAAGGAAAAUCCACAAGGAACUAAACGAAAUCUUGUGAAAGAGAAGAAAUAUUCGAUAUAUUGCAAUUUUUGUAAAGUUUUUUCAAUCCAGUUCUUCGUUGUUAGAUUUGUGAUGGGCAAUCAAAAACUAUACGAUCACUGCUGUACACGUAUCGUUAGGGCAAGUGAGCUUAAGCCAUACUGUUGAUGCCUAGCAACA